UGAGAUUUCACUGCUCACUCCGUUGUUCGUGCGGCUUCACGUGCACUGAAAUGCUUGACUAGCCGGAGCUACUUUUCUGAUGAUAGAGAGUUCACAGUGGGGAUUACCGGCUGCCUAAAGUCAUGGUGGGAGUUUUCGCGGGAUGAGAAGCACCAGGGACCGCGCGCAUAGGGGACAUCCAGGGCGCCGAUAGUGCGCACCCGCAGGAGCAGCGGUGGGUGGCGGGCAGGCGGACGGGCUUGCGGCGGGGUCGGUCCCCUCCUGAUGACAAAGCGGGUGACCCCACCGAUGAAUAACUCGGGAGGAGCUUUCGCAUGAGAGACAAGAUGUUCGCAGCGUUUUUCCCCUGAAGAAACUGCGGCGCAAUGGCAAAUAUCUUCUGUUCUGGGCGAUUCUGCUGGUCGGAGUUGUGGCAGUGUACCAUGAGAUGGUGGCUGCAAAAGCUUGGAGCAGUGAUACCAGUAUGAAUCCUGACAGCAGCAGCUGGAGGAGAUCCAUGUUUGACGACAGGGUCAGAAGGGACCAUCAACCAGUCUCUGUGGAGGAUUCAACUGCUUGGAGGGCCAGCUACACUCCACGAAUCUGGAAACCAGAGUAUAAGGGACAGGCCAAUCUGCAUGUUUUUGAGGACUGGUGUGGCAGUUCUACAGCUGACCUCCACAAGAACAUGCACUACCCACUGUAUCCUCAUUCCAGGACGACAGUUAAGAAGCUGGCCGUCUCUCCUCAGUGGACCAACUACGGGCUCAGGAUAUUUGGUUAUCUACAUCCUUACAUUGACGGAGAGUUUGUGUUUGCUUUGAGCUCUGAUGACAACUCAGAAUUUUGGCUCAGCACAGAUGACUCUCCCGAUAACUUGCAGUCAUUGGCAUGGGUUGGAAAGACUGGAACAGAAUGGACAGCCCCAGGUGAAUUUGAGAAGUAUGCCAGUCAGACCUCCAAACCACUCUGGCUGUCUGCUCAAAGAAGGUACUUUUUUGAAGUCAUCCACAAGCAAAACCACAGAGGGACUGACCAUGUGGAGGUGGCAUGGCAGCUCCUUGACCAAGGCUCUCGUUUCAAGGUUAUUGAAUCCCAUCACAUCUCCCUCUACGUUAAUGAGUCUGCCUUGUUAAUGAGUGACGUAGCCCACAUACCACAGACGGCUGCAAGCCACCAGCACACCUCCACAGAACAGCAGAAAGAUGCAGCAGACAUGCUGAGGGAAGACCCACGAGACUCUUUCUACCAAGUGCCUUUGCUAGACAACAAGUUCCUACAAGGUGUCCUUCCUGACUGCUCGUACAAGCCCAGCUACAUAAUAAAAGACUUUCCUCUCCUCCGCUAUCAAGGACUGCAGUUUGUCCACAUGUCCUACAUCUUCCCCAAUGACUACACCCGACUUACACACAUGGAGGCAGAGAACAGCUGCUUCUACCCCGAAAGUCCCUACUACAUGAAGAUGUUUGGUUUCUCCAGAUACAUGAGACUAGACCGACCUGAUAUGCAGGAAACAGGAAACAUAGGACAAGAUUUUGGCUUCCAAAGAAGAAAAUCGGAGCAAGUUGAGGAAGAUUACUUUAACAAUGAAACCUAUCAAAGAGAAAAGGAAGCGGGACGGGACCAGGUUGAUAACGCAAUCUUUCCAGACUAUGGUGAUGAUUUUGAUGAUUAUGCUCAGAGACGCAGGCGCAAACUCUUCUCCUUAGUCGCGCAAGACACUAAUAACAAGCUACGGAACACGUCUGACACAAGACGGUACACAGAUGAGUUGCAAAGGAGGCAAGGGAAAGACAUUGUCCCAGAGCAACAGAAACCAGCCCAACCUCAGCAAACAACACCAGCCUCAAAACAUCAACCGCCUCUGCAACACAACCGCUCACAGUUAAAGCUGGAGAGCCGGAUUGAAAAAGUAGAAAAGAUCAAACUGAAGGGAAAGUUAAAACCAGCAAAGAAACGAAAGCCUGAAUCAGUAAAUACCGCUGUGAGACCAGGAAAGACAAAUCCCAUGAAGUCAUUGGACAGAGAGCAGCUUAAACCAAUGGAACCACCAGCAGUCCCCUCAGAGCAGCUACAUUCUAAACGGCUUAAUAUACAGAGGUCCCUUAAAAUGAACAGUACCAAAAAUCAGAGACUCAAAGACACAAAGCUUCAACCCUUAGAGAAGGCUAAGGAGGAUGCUCCUCCGCCUGAAAAACCCACAGUGGACCAUCAGCGGAAGUUAGUAAAGAUCGAUCUUCAGCCAACUGCCAAUCACCAAUUUGCGACUCCUAAGAAGGACAUUGAGCACUCUGUAGUAAUGCUAAAUCAGAGGGACACAUAUACCAAAAAAAAACUUAGGGAUAGGGAGCGAAAGAAGAAAAUGCCUCUGCAGGAUCUAGAAGAUAGCAUUAACAGAGCAAAAAUGAUGGCUGAAGACAAAAUGGAGAAAAAACAGUCAGUUACGAGAGAAGUGGAGGACCAAGGAGGGGAAGAAGAGGAGGAUCGUAACAGGGCAGUGAGACAGAGAGACUCUCUGUGGGGACCAGGGGAAGACUUUGAAGGUACGGAUGACGAGGAUCUUACCCCAGCGCCGGUGUUUGACACUGAGGUCAACUGGAGCCAGACUUUCCAGGUCAACCACCUGGACCUUCAGGCUCAGCGGUCGGACUGGAUCGACCUACAAUGCAACAUCUCAGGCAACGUGCUCCUCCAGCCCCGUGACGCUUUGCCCAUAGUCCAGGCUUUCAUGGACCAACUCAACCAAAAGCACCAUGGGCAGUUCACGUUGGUGCGUGUGGUUAACGUUGUGAAGCGUGUGGACGGGAUGCAGGGCAGCCGCUACCUUGUGGAGCUUGAGCUGAAAGAUGCAAACGGCCAGCUGCUGCGCCUAUCGCAAUACAUCUACACUCUGAUCCACCAUAGCAGGCAGCCCAGCAAGGACUUCCGUUUCCAACGACAGGAACCUCAGCUGGUGCUGUGUAACCCGGUGGGCUUCCGCUGGAACCCAGAGGCCACCGUUCACUUCAUAGUACCAGUGAAAAACCAGGCUCGCUGGGUGCAGCAGCUGAUUGCAGAUAUGGAACAACUUUUCAGAGAAACCAGAGACUCCAACUUCAACCUCAUCAUCGCCGACUACAACAGCACUGACAUUGAUGUGAGGAAGGCUUUGCAGAAGUCCUCACUCCCCAGGUACCAGUAUGUGAAGCUGAGCGGAAACUUUGAGCGCUCUGCGGGUCUGCAAGCAGGAAUCGAUCUUAUAGAUGAUGACCACAGCAUUGUGUUUCUGUGCGACCUCCACAUCCACUUCCCUCCCUCCAUCAUUGACACCAUCAGGAAGCACUGUGUGGAGGGAUACAUGGCGUUUGCUCCAAUAGUGCUGAGACUGUCCUGCGGGGCUACGCCAUUAGAUGCCAAAGGUUACUGGGAGGUCAACGGUUUUGGCCUGCUGGGCAUCUUUAAGUCAGAUCUGGACGCAGUGGGAGGAAUGAACACCAAGGAAUUCAAAGAGCGCUGGGGAGGAGAAGACUGGGAGCUCCUCGACAGGAUUCUCCAGGCAGGACUGGAGGUGGAGAGGUUCUACUUGAGGAAGUUCUUCCACCACUAUCACUCCAAACGUGGCAUGUGGAACCGCCGUGUGUUGCCUAGGCACAGUUGAGCCUGUCACCUGCUCACUGCACCAUAACAAUGAUCGCCACGGUUACAACCACGGCAACCAGAGCACUUUAAGGCCAGAGCCUGAUACAUGCAUAACCAUACAACCUGCUGACCGACAGCCACGGUGUCCAAAGAUCGGAUACUGUCUUCAUUAUGUGAGCUGUGUGGAGAAAAAGCAAUCCACAGCAGUGACAAUCGUUGUUAAGGAAAUACUACUGAUAGAGUUUAUUACACUGGAUGUUCUGUUGACUACUGCUAGGGUACUGGUGCAUGAGUGCCAACGACUGUGUGAUAUUAUAAAUGAAGUUACACCAUGUCACCUGACUGAGGCAAAGAUCAUCUGCACUACCUACUGCAAAGGAACUUCUCUGAUCCAAAGACAAAAACGUGAAUUAAAAAUGGAAGUUCAAGGAUGUAUACACACAAGUGACCUAUAUCAUCACAAGUCUUGCACAUGAGUCUUAACUGUUUGUUUUGUUUGUGACAAAAGGAAAUGUCUGUGUUUGACAGCAGAUUUUCUUUAUGGUAAACAGCCUUAUUUUUCAUGUUGUAAAUUAUGGAAAACUUUAUAUUUAUUUUGUCAAUGUGUAGGAUUUGUAUUUGAGUUUAAAGUUAUUUUAAGUGUACCUCCGUUUACCUGUUAAGUUCCCCCCACUUAUUUGUUCCAUUACAUACUUAAUGUGCCUUCUUUUGUGAAUUCAGGUAGCCUACUGGGGCCACAAAGUGCUGUUUUUACAGAUUCAGGAAAAGCCUUAAACUGGAAAUAAUUUAAAUAUUUAAGUUAAUUUUACGAGUGCAUCAUCUAGUGUUGUCAGAGAAGGACUGUUAGUUAUAUUCUGACAGGUAUGUUUGAGUUGCCCAACUUAUCACAGACAGUGUUGGCAUAUGAAUAAACAAUCCAAUGUUCGUAGAAUAACUGCUUUUUUGCUUACACUGCCACCUACCAAAGAUAAUAGAAGUUGAUUGGAAUAACCUCUACCUUAUAAUAUAAAGAAAAUCAGGGUUUGUUUUUUAACAUGACAGACUAUUGAAAAUGUAAAUAUAGAAUUAUUGGCCAUUUUAGUCACAGAUUAGUUUUACUGAAAUGUUUGUCUGUACUGCCAGCUCACAUUAUUUGUAUUAGUCUAUUUGCUAAAGGUAAUAGUUAUUUUUUCAGAAAAAUAAUUGUAAUUUCACAAAUCACAAAAUCUGUCUUGAAACUUGGUUAUUUUUACUGUCAGCAGUAAAUAGAGUAAUACAGGAAAUAUUGUAGCUGAAACAUAUCGUGUAUUUUUUUCAUACUGUUUAUUGGCAAUACAGCAUUUUCUCUGAUUGUCCACAUUCCAGUUACAUGUCUUGUGCCUUUCUUAGACUUUGAAAUGUAAUACAUGUUGAAUUGUUUCUCUUUUUAAGGGCAACCAAAAACACCAAAUUCUGGUGUGAUGCCAGACUGCUGGUGGUUUUGGUUUGUAACACUGCCAAGAUGAGUGUGAUUUCCCCUUGUUCAUGUAGCAAAGCAUUGAAACUUUGAAAUGUGGUUUCUGUUUUGACCAGAAUGUUUCAUGCUUUCCUCUUUUACUACUCCAUCUCUUACAUUGUUAUUUUUAGAUAUACCUCAUCCAUCUCUUUGUGCUGGCAGACGAACUGCUUUGUUGUACGAGUCUCUUCUCUCAGGUAGAGUUUUUUCUUUUUUACCAUGCUUUCACCAAUCUGAGAAAUAAAUUACUUUUGCCUUAA